AUGCCAGAGUCUCAGAUCUUUCGUUUGGUCGACCCCAUUCUUUGGACUAUUAUCCGCCUCUGGCUAAGAAAAGCUCGCUACAAAGCUCAAACCGAUCUUCUUCGUAAUUGGCUAUCUAGGGCUGCGAAUUAUCCCAUCUCCUUUUCUCUUGACGCAACCGACGAUCUAAUGCUAUGGGUCUCUCGUCAUCCGGUAGAAAUUCUAACUUUACUUGCGUCAUUCUCGGCGCGAUGGAAAGAAGUACGAUUCAUGUUCCCCGACACCGCGUGUCGAUGUUUCGACGCCAUUCCCAGUGUCAAAAAAUCUCUACCCCUUCUUACCGCUGCUACUGUCCAUUUGACAGUUGAGCAACAAUUGGAUCUAUCAAUGGCCCCACAACUCUCAGUCCUUCAUCUAUACAACUUCGGCCUGUCUGAUAUACUAGCCCCAUGGCAUCAAAUGCAGGAGUUCAAGUUUCCGUGCUGGAACGUCUGGAAUAUCUCGCGCUCAACUUUUAUGCCAUACACUCCGAAAUCAGCCCUCAGACAACCGCGUUUUGACUCAAGUUCUCGAAAACAUCCCAUCGGUCAAAAACUUAUCCCUCGACUUCUGCAACGGGUCUUCAGGUGA